CAUUCACGCACACAUCUCUGUCCAAAGUGCAAUCCUGAUGAGUUUUAAUUUAGUAAACAAAGAAAGCUAGAGAAGGCAUGUUAAACGAAUUAAUAACUUGGGUGUUAAACACUUACCUUGGAAAGUAUUUAGAGGACUUUAAUCCUGCUCAGCUAUCAAUUGCUUUAGUUUCUGGUGAAGUGGAAUUAGAAAACGUUCCUAUUCGCCGAGAUGCCUUAAGAUCGUUUGGAAUACCAGUGGAGGCGCUGGCUGGAAGCAUAGGAAAAAUAAAAUUGCAAAUUCCUGUACGGCAAUUUCGCACAUCUCCAUGGAUUAUUGCUAUUGAAAAAGUUUAUGGCGUAUUUGGACCAAAAGAUCUAAGCAGCUGGGACAGUGAAAAGGAAAAGGAUGCUGAAUUUGCUUAUAAAACUAGUGUCCUUGAUGCGAAAGAAGCAAACUGGAGAGUGGAUAAUGGUCGCCACUCGGAAAGUUAUUACUCUCUGUCUUAUUCAAAUUGGAUAAAUUAUGGGGCUUCUUUGGCAACAAAUAUAAUAGAAAAUUUGGAGCUCAAAAUUAAGGAUAUUCACCUCCGCUAUGAAGAUACUGUGAACAUGCACGUGGCUGGUAUUAGAGUUAGUUCCAUAUCUGCACAAAGCUGUGAUGCAAAGUGGACACCAGGUGCAAAAAAUCCGGACUUACACAGGGUUUCAUAUAAACUUUUGGAGCUAAAGGAUUUCUAUUUCUACUGGGAUAACCUUGAUACAAAUAACACGUGCAAAGAGCUAUCCUCAAAAGAUUUACUUGUAAAAAUGAACGACAUCUGCAAGAUUGAGGAUCAUAAGUUUCUUACAAAUUCUAUCAACGCUUCCGUAAAAUUUAAAAGAGAACGUUGUAAGCAAUCUCUCCGAAGUAAACAUCGACCAAGAAUUUCUUGCGAAGUUUCGUUGGACCAAGUUAAACUAGUUCUAAAUGAUGUUCAGUACAUUGAGAUAAUGCAAUGUAUAUCCAGUCUGCAAAGAAUUAGCGAAAUUCGUUCUUUUAAAGUAUCAAGACCUACGAUGUCAGUUUUAAGUGAUGCUAAACAAUGGUGGAAGUAUGCAGCGCAGUGUUAUGGAUUCACCUACCACACUGUUGAAGAAAAAUGGGCAAUGGCAAGAGAAAAUAUUAGAUACAUUUAUAUUUAUAAACGUUUGUUGAUAAACCCAUCGGAAAAUAUGUCUAAAGAGGACAAGCAGUUUAAAAUCAACUUUGAAAAAAAUCGCAGUCUUGACGAUUUAAAGUUUUUGCGUGAUAUAUGCUUUAACUAUAUUAGUCACAGAGGAAUAAAUUCCACAACUCGCUCUGUAUUGCAAGGCAAAAACAUCUUAUACCAUUGGUUCCCAAACUGGUUAGGGUGGUAUGGGAUUUCAGAGAAUGUAGCUUCAGAAACUGGAAUGGAUAAUAAUGAAACAUAUAAGCACAUUGAGGAUGACAUACUAAGUGCCUUAAAGGAAUCUAUUGAAAAUGAAACGUUUUCCAAGCGUGACGCUGUUUUUGGUAAUUUUAGAUUUGCCUUAUCUGAUGUUAAAAUUUCCUUGGUAUCAUCUAAAUCGGGCAUUGAUGCAACCAUGCUGGAUAUGAACUUGAAAAAUCUAUUUUGCUUUGUUGAAAUAAAGCCAAAAUUGACAUCGUAUCGUGUUGGCAUAUCAUUAGGAUCUAUUCAUUUAAAUGAUAAAAUGACAGAGUCCACAGAAUUCCCCUUUUUAGUAAAACCCCAAAAAAAGGAAAAUACAAAUCACAAGUCGCUAUAUAAUGAAUUUUUAAACUUUUUUUCCAAAAAGAUUUCUGAUAACGAAAGCGACGAGCCAUGGUUUCAGUUACAAUACGAGCGGAAUCCACCAGAACAUAAGUCAGAUUAUCGUCUAAUUAUUAAAUCCAAGAGUCUAGAUAUUGUUUACAAUGAAACCGCAUUUAAAUGGUUAGCAUCAUUUUUUAUUCAACCCUUAACCGACUUAAAAACAGUAAGAAACCAACUAGUCGAAAGAAAAUCCCGAUUAAAGUUUUUUAAAAACUGGAAAAGCGUUUUGGUUGGUCAAAAGAAGGAAAGUCGGAAAAAAUGGUCAUUCGAAAUAGAUAUAUCCGCACCAAGAAUCAUAUGUGUUGACAAUUUUAAAGAAAAAAAUACUUCAAUAGUUUUAAUAGACUUUGGACGUUUUCAGUUAUUUAAGAAUGAGAGAUCCACUGAAGAAAUGCGUAUGGAUGUCGAAGCCAAUGAAAAUGAUAGUGAUGAAGAGUUAUUUAUGACACCAUGUUCUACACCUCCAGGAUCACACACAAGUAAAUCAGUUUCUCCAGACACAAACAUUGCGAACUCUACAGCGGGCAAUGACACAUUCCUUUCAAGAUUUGUAAUAAACAGCGAUACUGGUUUGGAGAAUGAGUUGCAUAGUGAAAUAUAUGACAAAUAUAUUAUUAAUCUUACUGAUAUGCAAGUGCUAGUAUGUAAAAAUAAAGAAAUUGGAUAUGCUUGCGCAAAAAGUUCCUCAAACUACCAUUUAUUGGACAAGUUCAAUAUUAACCUCCACCUUGAAAGGAGAAUAAUUAGUACAUCUGAUCCGGAUUAUCCAGCUUUUACGCUGUUUGGCAAUUUAAAUAGGAUUGUCGCCCACAUUAACGAACAAAAAAUAUCGGAUUGCAUACGCAUUUUGAAUCCCCUAACUCUUGAAUUGUCUGGCACUACAAAAUAUUCAAAAAUAGACGAGAGAAAUUAUGAAGACAACAAUGAUCGCUUUGAGGAUUCUGACACAACAAUAUUUCAAUUUGUUAUUGGACAAAUUAUAUUGGAAAUUCAGUCAAGGCAAAAGAGUAUCGCUGAGAUGCAAGUUAUAGGCGCAAAGACCGGCAUAACAAAGAAAACUGGUGAUGUCAAUAUCAAUAUGAGUGUGCAUGGAUUUCUUCUUGUAGAUGCAAUUCAAUCAUUUGGGCCAGACUUCGAACUACUUGUAGCCAGUCAUCGCCAUGUUGAGAUGGAUAGUAUAUCCGGAAGUUUAAAACAAAGCGAACCAUGUUCUCCCACUUCUCCCGGCUCACCUGAUCCCAAUGCCUAUCAACGUUGUGCAAGCCCACAGAUUAUCAAUAAGGCGCUGAAUGAGUUACAAGCAGGAAUGGAGUCAGACAGCAAAGUGGGAGAUGCGUUAAUAACGAUCGAUUUCCAUGUCAUUCAUGAUCCUGGUGAUUUGGAAGCAACGCAAAUAGCGAAUAUCACAUUCAACAAUUUAGACGUCAUAGCAAACCAGGAAACAGUUGUUGAGCUUCUUGGAUUUGGAAAGCGUAUUGUAGAUAACUUUAAACACUUGAAGAGUGUUACAAAAACGAACAAUCAAGCAUUUGAUUAUUUUAGUAACACCGAACAAGUGGAAAUUCGUCAAAAAAAAUAUGAGAUCAGUUUCGAUUUCCAUCGGCUGAAUAUUUUGGUACUACGAAGUAUUCGCAUUGAGAAAAAUAAUACAGGAAGAAAAGUUGGAACACUCACAAUGAGUGAAGCUAAAAUACAUGCAACACUUGGUAAAGAUGUUAGCGUUUCCGGUGUUCUGGGAGGAAUACAAAUUAUUGAUAUAACGCCAGAAGGUUUCAACCAUCAACGUAUAUUUUCCGUCGGAAAGGAUCCUCUGACAGAUCAACCGUCUUUGCAAGCAAAAUGUGUUUUACAUUCACUUGCAAAUGAGAUGUAUGGAAACGAUUUUGAACAGCGUGAUUGCUUUCACAUGAAUGCCCUGACUUUCAAAAUAAACAAAGCCGAAUCUUCAGAAGUUGAAGUUAAGAUUCGAAUGGCAUCGGUUUGGUACACACACUGUCCAAGGUUCAUAGAGGAAAUUUACUUAUGUGUCAAAGAGUUUAGACAGUAUUUCAAGAAUUUUGUAAAAUCUUUACGAAGUAAAGCUUCCCAUAUGGCAAAAGGUCUUGUUCAUCACAUAAGUGGACACAAAGAAACUGUUAGCAGAUUCGCCGAACUUUCGCUCGACGUUGUGUUUAGCAGUCCGGUUCUAGUACUUCCAAAAUCUUGUGAGAGCACUGAAGUUUUGGUUGCAAAUUUGGGUAAAAUUACUGUGCGUAACAAACAAGAAAAAUCAAGCAGCGAUGCAGCAAACAUACGUAAGGAAAAUGAAUGUAUGUGGAACGAGCGAAUAACAUAUUUCAUCGAUGUCAGAAACAUAAAUUUGUUUUCCUUGCAUGCGCCAAAGAGGAAAGUAGGUGACUCAAAAUUUUGCCAGAGAGCCAAUGAGAUGUAUUCUUGUCAAAAAGAUGCUAUACCUAUUCUACAUGAUACAGCAUUAUUGUUCCAAUGUGUUUACGAGUUCAAUGAUAGCACAAAAGGUAGCGGGGAAAUCGGGAAUGCUCUUGUGGUUGAUGGAAGUGUUACGCAGAAUUUGCAGGUGUCGUUGUCGAGACGUCAAUACGAGCAAUUAAUGGAAUGUUUAAACUACGCUACAAAUGUCUCAUUGACAAAAGAAGCUUGCCCAACUACAAAAGUCGACGAUACGCUUCCAGGAAAUAAAAACGUGAAUGACUCUCCAAAGCCUUUCUAUUUUGAAAUGAUUGAUACUCAAUUUUCCGUUCCGAUUUUAAGGCUCGAUCUAAGGAACGAACAUAACAUGUCACUGAUUUGUCUUACACUUAAAGAGUUCAGCUUUAAAAACAAAAUCCUUCACAACAAACAGAAAGAAACACAAAUCUUGCUUCGCUCCGUUCUAAUGGAAGACCUAAAGUGUCCAUUGACAUCAAAAUUUCGCAACAUGGUUAAUUCUUCCAGCGAUAUACUUGCUCCAAGCAAUUCUUUCAAAAAUCAUAUAUCUAGUUCUUGCCCCGACCUCUCUAGGAGCUAUAAUCAAGGCAACAGUAAUAUACACGGAUCUACGCCUUCAAAUUUGGAUACACUGCUAAAAAAUAGGUCAACUACCAAAGCAAAUGACAUUCACGAUUUAAAAGAUAUUGAAGGACUGCACUUUCUCCGAAAUCGAACUACUGGCAAUUUGGUUAUCUACCGAUCACUUAUAAGGGAAAAAAAGCAUAGUUCAAUUGAUUUUAAUUGCCUGAAUUUGAUCAUCUCCAUUGAAAAAUGGUUUAUGGUUUUUGACUUUUUUGGACUCAUUUCAAACCAAUCCGAUAGAGAAACCGAAACCUCAAAGCAAUCACCAGAUAAUAAGAUAUGUGAAUUGUCUCAUGAAUUACAUGUAACAAUUAGAUCCCUGGAUUUAAUAUUGGUGAGGAACGAUUUUGAGCUUGCCAAAGCAAAUGUUUCGAACGUGCAAGUACAUAUUAGCAGAGAUGAUUUCCUUCAGACCGUACGUGGGAGUUUGGGAUCUAUUUCAAUAUAUGAUUUGACUUCGUACGGACACCUAUAUCAAGAAAAAUUCUCAACAUCAGGAAUGGAAGCUCUAAGUUUUAAAUAUUCACGGAAAAAUGACAAUUCUAUGCAAUCUAAGAAACAAAGCAGAUCAUUAGAGAAAGAUGCGCUUUUGGCAAUUGAUAUGUCAUCCGUAAAAUAUGUACACACGAAAAGAUUUGUUAUUGAACUACAACUUUUCGUGAAGGAGCUAUUACAGUUACAAUCGCCAGUGAUGAAUCAUAUAAAGAGUGCAGAUGAAAAAAAUCGAAAUAGUAACUUUCAAAAAAUUGGGCUGGAAGUUCACGCCGACUCACCGAUUAUUCUUUUUCCAGUAUCACACAACAGCAAUCAUUUGCUAAUUGCCGACCUCGGAAAGUUUUCGUUAAAAAAUAUUUUUGCAUAUUACAAUCAUACCUUAAGUGAAGAACGGCAAUCGACGGAUACAUCAUUCCAUGAAAUCAUUGAUGUGAUGAAUAUAGACCUUUUAAACAUUAACCUUCUAACUGGUAAAAGGGAGAUAAAUAAUUUGGCUUGUACGCCUGGCGAGGAUUCUGGCAUUCUACACGUGGGAAAUUUUUGCAUUGUCAAUUUGGGUAAAACAAUUUUCAAGGAAAAAUGUCAUUUGAAAAUUCAUGUAAUACGAAAUACCGAGCCAGACGUCAGCCAUAAUAUCCCUGAUAUAAAAAUUAAAGGCACUCUUUCCGAACUAAAUGGCCUUAUCAACGUCCAACAAUACAAACUAAUUCGAGGUUUUCUAAAAUAUAACUUGGGCGAAACCAUUGACGAUGUGUACUUUAAUUACCAAAUGAAUUUAAACGAGUCGCUAGAGAUAUUGUCGUCGAUAACAAAAGUCAAUGUGCCACAAGCGGUAGAUGUUUGGAAUACAUUGUCUAUUAAUUUCAUUCUUGACAAUGUUACAAUUUACUUAGCUGAGCCAUGUGAGCUGCAAGGCUAUGGAGGCUAUGGAAGUUCAGGUGCAAAUCUCGCCUGCAUAAAAUUUAUAAAAUCUAAUCUUAAAAUUGACUUGUACAGUGAUGGUUCACAAGAUAUUGAUUUAAUAUCAUCUGAAAUAUUAUUGAUGGAUGCUAGAGAAAGCUCAAGGAAGUCGACUCCAAAUAACUGUUUCAAACAUAUUUUGAAGCCUUCAACGGGUGGAGGCAGUACAAAGAGUACGGUGCAAGCUGAAAUUCACAGCCGGAGUAGGGGAGAUGUGUCUAAAUAUACAAUUCUGUUAAACAACAUGAGAAUAAUGGCGCUUUUGGACUACUUGGAGAGUCUGAAGAAUUUCUUGAAUGAAGAACCACUAAUGUCGUCAUUAGUAAUUGAAAAAAAGUCUGCAUCACGACAUGGAGCAACACAAUCACAACAACCGUUUGCCACAACAUUCACUGAAGAUACAGAUGUAAAAAAUGAAUUUGUGCUAAAUAUUACAAACUCGGAAAUAGUUUUUGUAGAGAACAGCGCACAGUCCGACUCGAACGCAAUCAUACUGAAAAGUACAACUGUAUUUUCGUACAAGCCCAAUAGCAGUGUUGUUCCCGUAUCGGUGGAUAUAAAUCAUUUAGAAAUUUUUUCAUGUAUAUUGGGAUCUGAAAACGAAAGUUCGCUCUCAAUUAUUGAUCCAUUUACGCUUAAUAUGGAACUUCGCAAUAAUUGUUUUCACAUUUUUAUUCCAAACCAAGUAUUUUUGAGAGUAUCAUACAACGAUGUGAUGCUUUUCUCGCGCAUGAUGCAAUCCAUACCAAAGCAAACGCAGCAUUCGGCACCACCGCAAUCAUCAGUUAUUGAUGAUUUUGAAAAAAUUGCUCCGCUCGUUGCCAUGGGCUUCAAGCCUGAUGAGUGCUGGUCAGCUAUGCAUAUUAAUAAUAACAACUUGAACGAAGCAGCUAUAUGGAUGUCGCAACAUAAACAAAAAUCUACAACUUCUAGAGUGAAUAUAUCUAAUAUUUCCUUCAAUGCAAGCAGUGUUUCAAUUUGCAUUAUCGACGACUGUCUGGAUGCAGAUGUUCCCCUCCUAGAAUUUUCCCUUUGCCAACUGAAUAUUGAUCAAAAUUUUAAUUUAUCCACAGAAGCAAAUCAGGCUGUUUGCUAUGAUGGGAAAGUUGAAAGUAUAAUAUCGAGUAACUACUAUAAUAGGCGGCUCAGCGGUUGGGAACCAAUAAUUGAGGCCUGGGAGUGCUGUGGAAACUGGAAAUUUUUAAGGUCAAAGUUCGAAAAUUUAAAAACUCUACAUGUCAAUGUUUUUAGCAAACAAACACUUAAAUUUAAUGUAACAUCAACACUUAUAGAAUUGUGUGAAAUUGUUCGAAAGAAUUGGACAGAAGACUUUGUUCGAUCGAGUACGUCCGAUAGUCUAAAUGUUAAUUCUAAGCAAAGACAUCCAUUUGUACCGUUUGCUCUGAAAAACUUGACGGGAGAACCUCUUUUAUUUAAAAUAUUUUAUUCGCAUGUUGGCGGAAUAACACGCACUGAGAUUAAUAAUAAACAGGAUUUAUUAUGUAAUUGGAUAUCUGCACAACACAACGAGAUCGUUCCGUUUGAUUUCGGGCCACAAAGCAAAUGGAGACAUUUGGAUUCACAUAAAUUGAAUAUGCAUCAGAUUUUAGUUCAAAUUCACGGCUGGACACUGAUUGGGCCUAUAUCCAUCGAUAAAGUUGGAACAUUUUUUCGAUAUGCUAAUCUGGAUAUGCAAUACAACAAAAAAACAAGGAUAGUGUUUGAAAUAUCUCUCUGUGGCUCCGCGCAAAAGUUAAUAACUGUACGCUCAGCUCUAAAUGUUGUCAACAAUACUGAAAAGCCAUUUUUAUUACAUAUGAAACUAAAAGGCGAUUACGAAAACGCUGUUAUGGCCCUAGAUCCACUGCAGAAGAUAACAAUUCCCUUGCGUUAUUUGGACUCAACUUUAUUCAUAAAGCCCUAUUUAGAGAGUGACCUUCAAAAUAAAGUCUACGAGUUGGUUAGAAACGAUGACAACGGAUCAUUCAGAAAAUAUCUGUCGGAACAAGUUGAUGAAACUGCGUUUUGUACACACUCGAUAUCGUGGUUAAAUUGUGUCUUGCAGGAAUCAAUCCAAGACGUGCACUCUUGUUUUUUGCCAAAUAAAGUACCAUUUCACGUUAUAUCAGAUAUAAGAAAGGACAAAUACCCAAUGAGAGAUGUGGGGGCUCUGCCAGGUCACACAAUAAACAUACUACCACCACUAAAAUUAAAAAAUUUAUUAUGUUGUGACGUACUGUAUAAAAUAUCUGGCCAUAUUGAAGGAAGAAUUGAUGCCACUAAACAAAUUGAAAUUUAUUCCAUCGACAUAACAGAUUCCUUUUCAUUGAGUUUGUCUUUAGACAAUUACAGACUUUCGGGUCAAAUCAAAAUUCCUUUGGGCCAUACAGGAAUAGUAGAGACGAAAUUUAAGUUAAUUGACAUCUUGAACAGGGAACUGUUCCUGAGAGUCUCUAUUCAAUCGUUUCAAGGAAAAGGCAUGGACAUUUUUAUUGGAGCACCCAUUUGGAUUAUAAAUAAAACAGGAUUGCCUUUAAUAUUUCGGCAGGAGGGGACGAAUCAACCCUCAUCUGGUCAGUUCGACGAUCAUGAAUAUGCACGCGAAGUAUCUCCUCUAAUAUUUUCCUUUUCUGACCAAGAAGGAGCUCCGUUACUCGAAUUUAGACUCGGUAAAAGUUAUGGAAACAAUAACCCGUGGUGUAAAAGUUUCGGCAUAAACAGGGAAACCACAUUUCGGGAACUAAAAGCUGAAAACUCGAAAAUUAAUUAUGUAAUAGGCGUCAACAUACAUCGAGGAAAAGGUCUUUAUUUCAGUACAACUUUUGUAACUCUCACUCCACGUUUCCAGUUGUACAACAGAACUACUAAGAAGCUGCAUUUCAUGCAGAAGUGCGAUGUUAAAAAUUCUAUGGAAACUGCUCCAGAAAAUCUUAUAUCUGCUCUACCCGGUAGCAAUUUCCCUUUUCAUUGGUCUAACUGCGAUCAGGAACCUCUACUGUGUGUUCGUGUAGCUGAGGAAGAAUACUGUCGUUGGUCUCAUGGCCUACCCGUUAAUGAAUCCAAAAGCUUGUAUAUAAAUCUGAGAACUGAAGUGGGAGAAAUGAUAUUCCUACGACUGGAAGUCAUUCUUCAUGGCGGUACCUAUAUUUUACAUUUCACAGAUGCACACACCCUGCCCCCUCCCAUUCGUUUUGACAAUUUUUCGGAAGUAUCCAUACAUUUUUCGCAGAUGGGUGUUGAACCCUAUUGGCGGACGAACGUGAAACCUUUUUCGUCGCUUGCUUAUGUUUUGGACGAUUCUUUGGGGUUGCAUGUUCUGCGCAUCGAAGCACCUGGCGGAAAUUCCAUAGAAUAUCCACUUCAAAAAUCAGGAAUAGCAAAAAAUAUAACAUAUGCAAACUUUAUAUAUAUUGCUUUCAAGGAAACGUUUCGUUCUGCCAUAUCUCAAUGUGAUGACAAUGUAAGCAUAGAAACGCAGCAGCUGGUUCUUGGUGUAAAAGACAAAAGAGUAAUUAUUACAAGGAAGUGCACUGGAGAUCGCUCUCAACUUUGGCUGAUGAAUUCCUAUGGCCAGCUAGAACACGAAGGAUCUUCUCCACCCAGUGAAUACCUUAAAUCAGCGCAAUCAUCUCCUCGACUGGUUUUGGAUCUAGAGAAACCUCCUAAUCCUAGUGAAUACACGAAACUUGUGGUUCGACCACAAAACAACCAACGAGCUACUACUCAAACUUGGCGUUUUGAGAAGGGAAGGCUGAUGUGCCAUGCAAAUAUGUGCGUUCAGGCCGCUAAUGGAAUAUAUGGGUUGAAGCCCGGACGUCAUGCUGUUUUGGGGAAAAUUGAGUCCGAAGACAGAGCUAUUAAAGAUGACAGCGUGCCUUUUGAACAAAGUAUUGAAAUUCAAAAAUUUCGCCCAGGGUCUGGACAUUUAGAGGUUCUCAGUAAAAUGGAUGGACCUAUAAAAUCUAUACAAAUUCGUGAUGUCAAAUCUAAUCCAGACGAAAUAGUUUUAAUGGCGGAUCCACUUUGGAACCAUGCAUCAGUUUUUAAUAAAGUACAAAUAAAGAAACAAGCGAAUCCUGCAUUAAGCGAAGUAUUGAUAAAAUUGGCUCUUGCUAAAGGUGUUGGCUUAUCGAUGGUGUCACGAUCACCGUGUGAGGAGAUUGCAUACCUCACUUUUGAAGACAUCGCACUCGACAUUAUUCUUUUGCCGUUUACAAAAUCCCUGGAUUUAAAAAUCGGCAAUUUUCAAGUUGACAACCAACUAUUAGAAACUGCAUGCCCAAUUAUAUUUUACAUGACUAAAACGAAUACAGAAGGCGUUGCCAAAGAUGCUAUAAUGGUUAAAGCUAAAAUUUUGCAAAGUCCAAAUGAAAACGCGGUAAUAUUGGAGCAUCUAUCAAUUAAUUUAAACCCAUGUGCUGUUCUUUUGGAAGAACGAGUUGUGCUGAAAACUGCUCUGUUUCUGGGAUACGGACAUGUUUCAAAUAAAUUGGACCAGCGUACGGAAUCCCACACAUAUCGCAUAGAUGAUUAUCCAUUUUCAAAGAAUGCGAAGCGGUAUUACUUCGAAAAUCUUACAAUAGGAGCUACCCAGGUUCGUUUGACAGUGCUGACUGCUCCGAAACUGAGUCCAGAACUUUUCGAAUUAAAAAAGUCAUUGGGUCUUACACUGAUAAAAUUUGAGGAUGCAUUGAUAGAAUUCGACAAGUUCUCCGAUAGACAUCACUUUGAAACACUAGACAUUUAUAUUAAGGCUUUAAAAGUACAUUAUGUUAAUCAACUUAAAUGGCAUGCCGCUUCUAUACUAGGAAGUGUUGAUUUUUUGGGUAAUCCUCUUGGUUUUGCAAAUGACUUGUCCGAAGGUGUGUCUGGUUUAAUAUUUGAGGGGUCUGUAAAAAGUUUGGUGCGAAAUGUAACACAUGGUAUUUCAAACUCAACCGCAAAGUUAACAGAAACUAUAUCAGAUAGUCUCGGAAGAGUUGUUUUGGAUGAACACGAUAAUGAAACCCGACACCGAAUUCUUGAAGUCAGUUACCCUACAACUGGGGGACACUUAGCAGCUGGAUUGAAGGGACUUGGUUUUGGACUUCUUGGUGGUGUAACUAGUAUAGUGCGACAUACUUAUGUAGGUGCGCAAUCCGACGGCUUUCCCGGAUUUUUGAGCGGCUUGGGCAAAGGGCUUGUGGGAACUGUGACUAAACCAUUAAUCGGUGUUCUCGAUUUAGCUUCUGAAACUGCUAGUGCUGUAAGGGAAACAAGCAGGGGAUCUCACCAUUGCUUGCCAAAUCGAAAGCGGUUGCCACGAUGCGUAACUGGAGCUCUUGGUGGGCUAUUACCCAGCUACUCAUACAGACACAGUAAAGGUCAACAAUAUUUAUAUAUAAUCAACAGAAGAAAUUUUUCCGAAAAACUAAUAUAUUAUGAACCAAAUUUAUGUAAUGACAGGGAAGCAAAAUUACGGCUUUUAGUCUCUACUGAUUUUGUACGAAUUUUUUCACGAUGUGAAGAAGAUCCAGCAAUUAUAAUUGAAUGCCACUUAAGUGAAGUUCUCUCAUGUCACCCCCUUACAACAAACAUAAAUACAAGCCAUUCUUCAAAGAGUACUUCAAGCUACUACAUUGAAAUAUCAACCAAUUUGCCGAAAGUAACCAGACCAAGAGUUCGAUGUCAAAAUGAAGAAGUCGCAGAAAGGGCGUCGAGAUGUAUAAAUUACGCGAAAUCAAUAUUCGAUGAGCGUGAACAUUGUUUGGCCAAUAUCUGAAUCUUCGAUAUUAAUUAUGUCCAUAUGGAUGAAAUGUAUAUGUAAUAUGGAAUAGAAUAAUAUACAAAUGGAAAUGAAAUAAUAUAUACAAAUAUUUGUAUUAUGGACAAACGUAAUGAUAUUGUUUUGUUUAUAACUACUAUUUUAUAGAAGAAAAAAAAUAAAAUUAAUAAAAAUUGGUUGAAAACAACUCUGUAAUA